UAUGGAUAUUGCGCGUUCUUGUGGAAAAUAAAUGCUUAUGAUGCCUCGAUGUUGCAUCGGAAUACAAGCGACGCUGUGUUAGACCAGUUUUAGGGCGCACACGCAAAAACGGAGCUAGAUUUUAAGUGAGGAUUCUCUGUUUUUAACCGUACGUUACAGGCCUAGCUGUAGCGAGCUAGCAGCCGUCCGCUGUGUCUGUCGAAGCGGGCAAACCUCCUCAAGACGCGCGCUCCGUUAUUUAUAGCAUGGAUCCGGACAGUGGGGUGGACACUCAGCGAACACUCAGUCUACAGUGGAAAAGCUAUAAACUAGUACAAGACCCUGCUCUCCGAAGGGUUACUCAAAAGAUUUACAGAUACGAUGGGAUUCAUUUUAAUAUACAGGAUUCAGGAUUUCCACCUGUGGGGGAGUUGCGUGAUCCAAGACCCCGCAGAAUCUGGUCCAGACACACAGAGCUGUCACUACCAGUACCCAAAUUUAAGCUGGAUGAGUAUUAUGUAGGCCCUAUUCCGCUUAAGGAAGUGACGUUCGCAAGGCUGAAUGAUAAUAUCAAGGAGCCGUUCCUGGCAGAGAUGUGUGCCAAGUUUGGUGAGGUAGAGGAAAUGGAGAUUUUGUUUCAUCCCAAGACAAGAAAGCACUUGGGCUUGGCCCGUGUCCUCUUCACUAGCACUAGAGGGGCCAAAGAUACAGUCAAGCAUCUGCACAAUACAUCUGUCAUGGGCAACAUUGUUCAUGUCCAGCUGGAUAUUAAAGGCCAACAGCGGAUGAAAUACUAUGACCUCAUAGUAAGUGGGUCAUACACCCCUCAGACUGUGCCACUUGGAGGCAAAGCUCUCACAGAGAAGUUUCAGCCCCCUGCCCCAGCCCCAGCCCAGCCCGACACGUCGUCUGAUAUCCGGCGGAGGCUCUCGACAGAACAGAUGAUAGCACCUGCUGCUGCCCCUCUCAACCCUGGAAGCACCACCCCUUGUUCUGUGGACACUGGGUUUGGGGACCAGCGUGUAGACACCCCUCCAUCCUCACUAGGAGGACCUUUUACCCCUGGUUCCUCUGCUUCUUCACAAGGUGGAGGCACUCCCUACACCCCUCGCUCUGGAACCCCUUUCUCCCAGGACUCGGGCUUCUCUGUGGGCAGGCACACCGGUUUUAACAGUGCUCCACUCAGCAGCAGCUAUCCUCCACAGGAUAUGCUUCCAUCCUCCUCCUGCUCUUCUUCAGCUGUUUCCUCCUCAUCAGGGUUUAAGCCCCCACGAUACCAUGAUGACCCACACGCUCCACCUCCACAGGAACCCUCCAUGUACCACAGAGGUCGGCCAGGCUAUCCUCCAUCAGCACCUUUCCGACCUAAUGAACCUCCCUAUCCCUAUCCCAGUGUUGCAGGGUCAGGGAUGCAUGUGCCGUUACAUCCCCCUAUGCCACCUCCAGGAUCACAGUAUGAGCAGCUGCCGCUUUCCGAUAGAGAGAGAGACAGAGAACGGGGACACCGGGAAAGAGACAGGGAUAGGGACAGAGACUCAGCUGGUCGAUAUGGAGGUGGAAUAAGCUCCCGUCGUUCAUCUUACCACUACCAACAGGAUACAAACUCUUCCUCCUCCAAAUCAUACCAUUCGCAUCAUUCUGACCGUCGGGAAGACAGGGAUGGCAGAGCGUACAGACGGGACAGUUCAGGCUCUCGCUCGGGAGACCACGGGAGACAUCGAAACCACCAUCACUCCCACAACCACCACAGCAGCGGAAGGCGCAAGAGCAGCAGAGAUCGGGACUGGGAGAGAGACCGGGAGGGAGACUACCCCAACAACUCGGACCCACGUUAUGGAGCUCACUCAAAUUCAAGCCACCACUCAUCCAACAGUCUUUCUCCCCCCUCUGCCACCUCAACAUAUGGAGGAUACCCAUCAUCAAAAGACCUGUCACCUUACGAUACACCCUCCUCCUCACGGCUGGAGCCUUCACCAGCUUUCCGUCCCCAGCAGGGUGCAGGUGAGAGGGGAUUUGGUAUGGGAGGGAGUAUGGACAAUGAUUAUCGGACACAAUCUCACCACACACCCCUUGCUCCUCCGCCUCCACCACCUCCUCUUCCGCCAGCCUCCGUCAUCGCAGCCGCCGUGGCUGAAACGCUUGGGUCUCUGGAUUUUGGCCAGGAGAGCCCCGUCCGAGACGAACAGUGGACCAAACCCAAACGCCAUCCAAGUACACCACCCCGUCCCCCUCGUACACCUCCAACUUCCUCCCCUCCCCACGCCUCUAUCCCAUCAUCUUCCACUUCACCUUCCUCCACCUCCCUGCCUCACCACCUUCCCUCCUCAACAGCAUCUCUUUCUCCACCUCCUCCACAGCGUGAUUCCUCCCCAGAGCCAGACUCCACCAAUGAGAGCUUACCGUUCAUGCACCACAGCAGCAGCUUGGACUCGCGUAUUGAAAUGUUGCUAAAGGAUCAAAAGUCCAAGUUUUCCUUCCUUGCCUCAGAUGAUGAGGACGACGAGGAGGAUAGAGACAGAGGAAAAGUAGAUGGGAAUACGGCGGGAAGGGAAAACAAACUGAGAGCAGAGGAUGGAGGAAGGCCAAGCCACAAAAAACAAAGAGAGACAGAGGGAGAGCUACAGAGAAGAAGAGGAGAGCGAGAGAAAGACGGACGCCGAGGCAGGGAUAAAAGGCAAGGUGGUGGAGGCAGGAAAACCCCUCCAGAGGUCGUCGCCUCCACUCCUUCCACCCAAGGAUUAGUAUCUGACUCUCUUCAGGGCCAAAUGCCUCCCUCUGAAGAGGACCACACUUCUGACCCACACAGGGCUCCACGUACCCCACCAACCUACAAUGGAGAGGCUCAGCCAUCUCCUCGCUCUUCUGGGGAGGACAUGGAAAUAUCAGAUGAAGAUGACAACACCAUUAACACAGCAACACCCCAUCCCGCUGCCUCCUCUUCUUCAUCGCCAGCCACCUCCUCACAAUCUGCUCUCCCCUCCCAAACUCCAGACCCCUCUGCCAGUCCUCCCCCUGACACCAGCCAGCAUUUCAACGCCACCAUGCCACCUCCACCCAUCCCAUCUUACCCUCCUCACCUCCCUCCUCCACCUCCACCUGGCUUCUCUCUGCAGCCUCCUCCACCCCCUGGCAUACCCCCGCCGCUUCCUCACAUGGAGCUACACCCCGAGUACCCUCCUCCCCUGCCACACCACAUGUACGACUACGCCAGCUCCAUGGAGCUCAUGAGCCAGUACAGCGGAGGAGCACCCAUGUCAUUCCAGAUGCAGACGCACAUGCUCAGUCGCCUCCACCAGAUGCGACUGGCUUCCUCCAACAGCACUACCGCACCCCCUGCAGAAGUCCCGCCCACCUCUGAAUAUCCUCCCUCGUAUCUUCUUCAUUCUAUACCCCCUCCCCACCAUCCACACCACCCAUACAUGGACCAAGAUGGGACUGUGGCCACUCACUAUGACCAGGACCACCGCUACAUCCCUCCUCACUUACCGUACGCCUACCCAGACCCCCAUGCCGCUCAGCUUCCUCAUCCUCACCAUCACGUCAUCCCGCCCCCUCACAGCCCCUGGCCUCAGCACCUACUGCCUCAGCAGUACCCGUCCCACUAUCCUCCACCCGCCUUUGGCACGGUCCCUGGUGUAGACGGAGAGCUGUAUGGAGCAGCAGGUGACCAGAUGGCCAUUAUGGGGCACAAUCCCUGCGAGGCCGUAGUUCAGCAGGUACUGGCAGCUUUGAUAGAGGAAAUGAAGAACAUCAUGCAGAGGGACCUUAAUCGCAAGAUGGUGGAGAACGUCGCCUUCGGCACUUUUGAUGAGUGGUGGGACCGCAAGGAAAGGAAAGCUAAGCCAUUCCAGACAGGUAUGCGGGGAGUGACGGUUGUGCGAGAAGAGGAAAAGAAAGAAGAGAAGACGAGCAACAAACCUCGAGAGCCGCUUAUGUCUCUGGUUGACUGGGCCAAGAGUGGAGGCAUGGAGGGUUUCGCCUUGCGGGGAGCAUUGCACUUGCCUUCUUUUAAGGUGAAAAGGAAGGAGCCUCAGGAGCUUGUAGAGGGUGGUGAGCUGAAGAGAGCUAGACCUUCUACUCCACCUGAUGAAGAAGAUGAGGACUCGUAUCAGGGGAAACCUGCCGACACUUCUGCUGGGAGAACCGAAGAGAGGCGCACCGCAGAUAGAGGAGCAGCACGGAGAAGGAGGAGAGCCAAAGCACGCAAACCUUAUGACUUGGACAGCGAGGGAGAAGAAACAUCAGAUGGCUCCUCCUCUGAGAAGGAGGAGGAUGAAGACAGUGACAAAGUGGAUGAGUCAGAAGAUGAAGCCCUUAGUGCAGACAGUGAUGAUGAGAGCAUUUCUUCCUCUUCUUCUGCGAGCUCAUCAACAUCAUCAUCCUCAUCCUCUUCUUCAGAUGAGGAGGAUGAAGAGGAAGGUGAGCCAGCAGCGGAGAGCGAGUCAGUGGACACAAUGGACGAGUCUACAAUGGACAGUGUGGCUAUGGAUGUAGAGAAAGAUGAAAGGGACAAAGCAAGCCUUGACCAAUCAUCGGUGACUGCUACAGAAGUCAAGCCAGAAGAAGAGAAGACUGCUGCAGCUGUGCCUCCAUCUUCACCUUACCCCCGUCCGUCCUCUCCUAUCCUCCUCCUCCCGCCACUGAAGAAGCGGCGCAAGACGGUAUCUUUUUCAACGGAAGAAAACGACGUCAAGCCCUCUGUUCUGUUGUCAUCUGCUCCUGUGCCAUCACCCACUCCUGCCUUACAAUCUCAAGCUCCAGACCUUCCAACUUCAGCUUCCCCUGGAAGCACAUCCACUGUUCCACCUGCCUCCAAGCCCCUGCCCAUGCUCCUCCCCUUCGCUUCCCGUCCCAGCGAGGGCAGCGCCCUUGCCUCUCCUGCUUCCCCCUCCACCAUUCUCACCGUCCCGCCACCUGUCCGUUCCCUGCGGCCGGAUGAGCCCAAAAAGAGUCCAGGUCCUUCUGCAUCUCCACAAACUCCCCCUGCCAAAAUCUCCUCCAAACGUGGGGCGGGCAGAGACUCUCCCAGAACUCCCCCUACACCUGUUUGUCUCACUGUCCAGAACCUCCCCCUGGACCAUGCCUCCUUGGUCAAAAUGGCAUACGAGGACCCCGUUCCUGUUCCAACCACACAAAAGGGUCGCCCACGUGGUCGUCCUCGGACUCUCAGCCAGUCAGCUUCUCACCCUGCUUUGCAAGAAGAAGGGGAAGAUGAGGAGGAUGAAGAGGAGUUGGAGCAGAGGCUGAAACUCAGGGAACAGCUGGGAGUAUCCAGCCUGCUGCAGCUGGCCUCUGCAUCGAAACCUGACCUGUCUGUGUUGGCUGAUGUGGCGUUGAAGAUGGACCCAGAGGCAGAUAUCGACUCGGAAGAGACGGAGACCUCAGAUGAGGCAGAGGAGCACAAAUUAGAAGAGGAAGAGGGGGAGUUCUUCUCCCCUCACACACGCAAACCACUCCUGGAUCCAGAGGGUCUGUUUGUUCUGCAAGAACACAACUAUUCGAAAACACCUCCCACUCCACCCUAUACCUCCCCUCAAAAGAGAACGAAACAGGACUCCACUGUCCUGCUCCCUGCAGACCUCAACCAGCACGGUGUUCAGGAAGCUCCAGAGGAGGUCAUUGAGGAUGCUCUCGCAGGCAGGGCGGAGGCUGCAGGUCUGUAUGGAGAUAUGGGUGUGCUGGGCGAAGCCAGGGAUGCAGCUGGGGCGCAGACCAAGACCCUUGGCCCUCCACACAAGAGGAAAGAAUCAAUCAGUAGGGAAGUGGAGAUUGAGGAGCGAGGGAAAGGCAAGAGCAAAAAGAGGAGUAGAAAGGACAAAGAGAACGAGGAACUGCAUGCCAUCAAAAAACAAAAAGAGAAACAGGUCAAGAAACAGAGGAAACGGAAGUUAGAGGAGUUUGAAGAAGAUGUGGAUGUGGAGCAACUGGAGUCUGGGGAGCUUUCCAGUUCCAGCUCAGACUCGGGAGACUCCGACUUUGGUCCGGAGAGAUCUCUGGAGUUUGAAAAGGAAGAGGUUAGAAAGAGCGAGCGGCUCUUCCUUCAGGAGGCCGGUGUGAUCCCCUCAACCCAGCGGCGACCCAAACAUGACCUCACGCCCACACCAGCCCCCUUGCCUCACCCCACGUACAAGAACCGCAGCGAGUUUGAGCAAAUGACCAUCUUGUAUGACAUCUGGAACACUGGCCUGGACCAGGAAGAUAUGAGGCUCCUUAGGGUCACCUACGAGAAACUGCUACAAGAUGACCGUGGAACCGACUGGCUAAAUGACACACACUGGGUUCCUCAUACCAUCACCAACAUCCCGAACCCUCGGCGGAAAAAGAAGGCAGCAGUUGGGCAGCUAAGAGAGCAUGUUACAGGCUGUGCUCGAAGUGAAGGCUACUACGCCAUCAGCCGCAAAGAAAAAGAUGUCUACCUCGACCUAGACCAGCAAGUGACCGUGCUGGAAAUUGGGGACUAUGACACAGCCGGCUCUAACCGCCUGCUGUCUGAAAGGCGUUCAGAACAGCGGCGACUUCUCAGUGCUAUUGGCACUCCAGCAGUGAUGGACUCCGACCUGUUGAAACUCAACCAGCUUAAGUUCCGUAAAAAGAAGCUGAGGUUUGGCCGCAGCCGUAUUCAUGAAUGGGGCCUGUUUGCAAUGGAGCCCAUUGCUGCAGAUGAGAUGGUCAUUGAAUAUGUGGGACAGAAUAUCAGACAGAUGGUUGCUGAUAAUCGGGAGAAGCGCUACGCUCAGGAAGGCAUCGGGAGCAGUUAUUUAUUCCGUGUCGACCACGACACUAUCAUUGACGCUACAAAGUGUGGCAAUUUGGCUCGAUUUAUUAACCACUGCUGCACACCCAACUGCUAUGCCAAAGUGAUCACCAUCGAGUCCCAGAAGAAGAUAGUCAUAUACUCCAAGCAGCCUAUAGGUGUAAAUGAGGAAAUCACGUACGAUUACAAGUUCCCCAUUGAAGAGAACAAAAUCCCUUGUUUGUGUGGAACAGAAAACUGCAGAGGAACCCUCAACUAAAGCAAGUGUUCAAGUCCUUUCCACUGAUAAAUGCCAAAUUUUCUGGUUCACAAGCUGCUUUUCUCAGAGCAAUGCGUGUACUUUGUAAUGGGAGAAGAUUCACCUUCAGUAUACAGAUAAGAGGGCUGAUACACCAUAAAAAAAGAAACAUUUGUUUAGUUAACACCUGGUUUCCCAUAAAGAGAUGUUUAUACGUACAGUAAACACAACCCAAUAUCAUCUGAAUCUCAGCACUGCCAAAACACCUUGAGUUAUGCAUAGAAAGCGAUGUUUUAUUUCCCUGACCUUCCCAUAAUCUAAUAUAUAACCUCCCAUUGCAGCUGCGUGUGGUAUUUAGUUUUGACCUUGGUCCAUGUUGUGAAAUAGCUGAUAAGGCGUCAGCCAUCCACAUACAAAAAUAUUCCUCUCUGUGCACAACUGUUAACAUUGGCAGGCGCCCUUACAGUGCUUUUUAGUUUUAAACCAAGCAAAACUUUUAAAAACCUACCAACAUGCAUUUAAGACUUUUGUAGUACUACACCCCUGUCAUAAGCGAGAGUACUAAUUUUAGUUAUUGAAGUAUAUUUAUUCCUGGUUCUGAGGCCUGUCGGUCCAUCGAAAUGUGAGUUUUCCAGCGCAUUCGUGCUUUUGAUGCACUGUUGCUAAAUCUUCUUCAGAUUAACUGUUUAGAUUCACCCCUGCCUUUUUCAAAUGAAGCCGUUUCAGCGCACACAUUCUCUUUGAAACUUCCUCUAAACUGAAUGGAAACUGAAAAAUCAUAAUUUAAGAUGUCCCUCUUAUCAACUUGCUGGCAAUCUUCAAUCAAAUUAUUUAGUAUCUUAUGUUGUUACAUUGUACGUGGAUAUUUUAUUUUAUUUUUAUAAGCAAGUUGUUACAAUUCCAGUACACUGUAACAACACUGUUAUUCUAGAGGUUACCCUGUACUUUACCAUAUUCGACAUUUUAAUACACAAGUAUAAACAUUUCCUUAAAGAUUCAUUGACGUUUUUAGCAAUAUAAAGAUUACAGGUCAGCUAAGGUAGGCUUUCAUUUGGGUCUUUUGGAAGGGGUUAUAAAAGACUGUAAUUCAAAAGGAAGUCAAAACAGGAUUAGGUCCCUCUGCACAAUAUUUUUACGGACCACUAAAGGUGAGCUCAAGCGCUCUACUUUUUGGCUUGUGUGUGUAUGUGUGUGUGUCUACAUACACGCAGACACAAGUUCAUAGUUUUGCAACCUGCUUUAUAUGUGCAUAUCAUCACAUAAUAUCUUGUUAUUCUCCCCAAGAGAAUAAAGUGGAAAAGUUCACUAGAUUGGAUGAUGUCUGUACAUGUGUUCGUAGUUGUCCUUCCCCCCAAUUUUUCCAGUUAAUAUUGGUAAAGUUGACCGACCUCAUACAUUUCCUUUUGUCGUUUUCCACUUUGUACUUUGGGCUUGGCCAGCAUUCUGUUCCUUUGAGAGGAAGACCUGUAAAAUAUGUAGAUUUUUAUUGCAGUCUUUCAGUUAAAACUGAUCCGCAGAAGCAUAACCACAAAAAAACGAAAAAAGUUAAAAGAAUUACGUGUAAAUAUUGUAGAAGUGUUUGUUUCUCGUAGAAACACACUGGUUCUAGUCUGUAAAUAUGUUCAUCUUUUUCCUACUUCCCAUCGCAAGAAAAUAAUUGUACAUACCUAUCAUUCAGUUAUCUUGUAUGUUUUAUUUUUUUGUUUCUGUUGUUUUAUUUCUUUUAUUUUGGUUUAAAGUUUUAAUAUUAUUUGCAAUAUUUCUCUUGUAUUAAUGCGUUGGACCCUUUAUUAAUGGUGCAUUAAAAUAUUUUUUAAAAAAUA